AUGCGACUCACAGAUAAAGCGCCGAAACCUUCAACCGUCCGACGGCCGUCGACGUCAGCCCCUCGAGAAACAUCAGCCCCUGCAUCUCCGACCACCGGCCAUCCUGCUACGAAUGGCAACGGCAACGGCGCCACCAAUGGCACUUCAGAUACCACGAAGAACAGCACAGAAGGCGCGAAGCCUAUCCCCAUGUCGAGGCCGCCUAUAGGAAGGAGCCCUUCGAACGAGAAAUCCGGUCCUAACGGCACUCCGCCCUCGCGCCGCAACUCUUGGUUUUCCAACAUUUCGUCCAAGUUCUCCUCGUCCCCGAACAGCAACAACUCCCAGGCGAACCAGCAGCCUCAAAAUACACCACCCAAGGAUACAGGUCCCGCACCUCCCAAAGUGACCCCGGCGAAAAAUGCUGUGCUCGCACAUGCCGCCAAGUAUGAUGGCGACCAGCCUUACACACCAGCACCUCCCGGCCGUGGCCAGGCAGGCUUCCUCGGCGUCUUUCGCCGGUUAUCUUCGUCGGGGGGAGUUUUGGGGCCAGGCGCGAAGGGAACCCACGGGCUGGUCGAGCGGAAGGUUUUGAAUGUCGACCAACAUCGUGAACGUUGCCAAAUCUCCGAUUUGCACCAAGCGAAGCUCCGGCGAGUUGCAUUCAGCGUCGAUGUCGAGAUUGCUCCGAUGCCGAAGUAUGCGGACACGGACGUACCCGCGAAAAAACCUCUCGAGAAGUCAAAAGCCCGAAAAAUUACUGAGAAGGGAGAGGGCGAGGCACUGAAAAACCCCAAAUGCGUCGAGGUACAAAAGGAACGCGAUGGAGUUGUCCACACAACAGGUGAGCCUUUGCCAAAAGAACCGGAAAAGGAAGGGGUAGAGCAGGCCAAGGAGACGAAAGAGAGCAGCGUCGACAAUGCAAAUCCCUCGGCAGACAACAAGGAAAAGGACACCAAGAAGAAGGAGAAGAAGAAGAAGAGCGAAGAGGAAAGAAAAGCGAGGAAAGAGAAGAAACGAAAGCUGGCGGAGGCCAACGGCUCAAUACCUAUGGAGAUCCACCUGGAUGACAGCGAUUCUUCCAGCGAAGGUACACCUACCGCAUCACCCAGAACGACAGCCUCUCCAACAACGAACCCCGUUAGAAUAUACCGACGCUGCUGUCAGUUGAGAGAAACGCCGAUUUUGAAAAAGAUUACCGAGCAGCUGAGCGAUUCCUCGAACUGCUCCUCUGACAUCGGUAUUGUACAAAAACUAGAUCUUACAGGUUACUGGUUACAGUUGCCGGACUUGGUUACUCUUGGGGACUAUCUGGCUGUUGUUCCAGUUAAAGAGGUUAUUCUGGAGAAUUGUGGCCUCUCAGACGAGGGUCUAAGGGUCAUUUUAGCUGGCCUUUUGGCCACAAAGAAGCCCGAGUCAAGACGGCGAAAGCACACCCAGCCAGAUGGCCUUACCAUUCAGGGAGGUUUCGUCGAACGCCUUGUUCUCAAGAAUAACAAGAUUGGCCCCGAAGGCUGGAAGCACAUUUUCCUCUUCAUCUACCUUUGUCGGACGCUCAAAGUCCUCGACGUUUCCACUAUAUCCUUCCCUCGUCCAAGUCAGCCGGCCCAAAAUGGACACGGUCAUCAUUUGUUGCGCCACUCUAACGACGAACGACCUCAGAACAUCUGUGCCACUCUAUUUUCCAAGGCCAUUGGCGAGAGAUUGGCUGGAUCUACGCUAGAGCUGCUCAACCUGGGAGAGACAAGUCUUAGCCCGGAUGACCUCGGCGUGAUAAUAGAUGGCAUUAUACAGUGCGGUGUCAAGCGACUCGGCCUCGCUCACAAUAACCUUGAUGACAAGGGUCUGCAGCAUGUUGCUAGAUAUCUCUCUCAGAGCGUGUGUGAGGGUCUUGAUCUGGGUGGUAACGAUCUUCGAGAUCAUAUGGAUGUGGUCGCAAAAGCGAUUUCAGAAAAGGACUCCUUGUGGGCACUCAGUUUGGCUGAGUGCAACUUGAAGCCAGGCUCACUAUGCAAGAUCUUUCCCGCUCUUGCACAGCUGAACGACUUCCGUUUUAUUGACCUCUCCCACAACCAGGAUCUGUGCAAGUCAGAUCCCAGCGCUAUUGGUCUCUUGCGCAAGUAUCUUCCUAAACUGCAAGGCCUGCGACGUGUUCAUCUGGCCGAUGUUGCCAUGACUUCGGAACAAGCGAUAGCUCUUGCAGAGAUCCUUCCUGAGGCCAAACUACUUGCGCAUAUCAGCUUCCUUGAGAAUCCAGAACUGGUCAAGCUUGCGGAUGCGAAAACUGAAGAGGCUCAAGAAGAGGCUUGCGCCCUGUAUGCAUCUUUUCUGGCCGCCACGCGUGUGUCUAAGACAAUUGUGUGUGUCGACAUCGACGUCCCAAGCGACAACUCGGGCGAGAUUGUCAAGGCAUUGGCUAAGCAGGUGGUGGCAUACUGCUUGCGAAACAUGGAGCGCUUUCCUAUUGGAGAUAUCAGCUCUGUUAUAUCAACGGUUUUGGCCGAAUCUCAAGGACCUCAGCCUGGCGGCCCGGUUCCCCCGUACCCCGAUGUGCUUGCACACCUCGUCGGCCAUGACGUGCUCAGAGACGACUCAUCGGACAACGAAUCUGCUCCUGACGACGAUUAUGUCAUUGGUGGAACUGGAGUUGUUAAGGCGCUUACUUGCUGUCUCAAGAACAGAGGCGAUGAGUCUAGGAGGCAAUCUGGCGAAUUCAUUCGGGACUUUGAAGAUGGUGUCCCAAUGCCAUCCAGCCCCCGGCCGAAACUCCCUCCCGGAAAGGCCAAAGACAUGUCCAAGCAUCUGCUCGCGAGCGCUCGCAAAAUUCGUCAACGCCUGCAGCCUGCCCUGUCCAAAGCUAGAGUCAACCCGGAGGAGGAUGAGCAUAACCUACGCAAGCUGAUGUUCCUCGAUACGACGCUUGCCAACAUCAUCAAGCGAUUCGAAGAUGAGUUUCCUGACACCCGCGUGUCAACUGACGAAGCCUCGGAAAGCACCUUUCCUAGCCAAACUGACAAACUCGGGACCUCGCUGUCAUCGAACGAGGACCCCGACCAUGCCACCAUUCCGUCUGACCCGGAGGACGAGAUGGGUCUGCAAGUUCGUCCAGGUAUACCGCGUGUUAACUCGUCACUAUCACAUACGUCAAAGGCACUUGUUGAGGAGGAAGGCAGAAUUCACAGGGCCGGGCACAAGAUUCGGUCCGGUAUCAUUAAGCCCGAGUACUAUGGCCUGCUCAGCGGUGUGCUUGAAGUGGGCCUCGACCCCAAGCACACUGCAAUGCUCCAUCAGAUGAUUGAGGAGAUUGACGACCCGGACCUGACCGAAAAGGUUGAGAAAAAGGGCAUUAUGCGGGUCUUCCACGAAGAUCGCGAUCAGGUUCGUGAAGGGCUCCGAGCACUCGAUCCUAUGCACUGGGACCGCUUUGUCGAAAGUCAGGAGAAGGCCAGAGGCAACGUCAAGGCAAGCAUGUCUAAUGGAGUCAAGCCGGCCGACGAGAGUGCCGUCGAGGAUUGA